AUGAACUCGCUCUCUGUGCUUUCGCCUCGUUUGGGAUGUUUCCUCUUUCAGAGUGCUCGCUAUGCAAGCACGGCCCCACGCAUGAAGAAGUUUGCUAUCUAUCGCUACGUGAGUAGUUCAUAAAAUUCUUUUUUUUUUCGGAGUUUUGGAGGAGUCUGGCAUGCUGAGUCUCAUCACUGCAUACUACGAUAACAGUUCAUAUAAGGUCUUGGGAAGGAUGUCGGGUGUACUAGGCAUGUAUUAGACUAGCGGUAGGUUUUAGAUAUCUGCGCCGUGUGCUUGUGUGACUAGUGGAACCUGAGCCGCCCGCAUGCGGCACACUUAAUGAAGUCACCUAGGUAGCUCUACAGUUGUCCGUACUUCUUUUUCGAUCACUCUCCUUGCUUCCCAUAAAUAACUCUGUUGCGUAUUGCUCUUAUCAUCUUUGAAAAGUGCAGUACACUUCUUGUAGAAUCCAGACAAACCCAGCCAGAAGCCCUACAUGCAGACUUAUGAAAUUGAUCUGAAUGAAUGCGGCCCGAUGGUCCUGGACGCUCUUAUCAAAAUCAAGAACGAGAUUGAUCCCACGCUUACCUUUCGCCGAUCCUGCCGCGAGGGUAUCUGCGGCUCCUGCGCUAUGAACGUCGACGGUGGAAACAGGCUUGCCUGCAUUUGGUAAACAUACUGUCAUUCAAAUAAUAUGCUUCUUGCUUUCGUAAACCCCGCAAGCGCUCUUGGUCGCUUACAAAUGCAUAUCACACCCAUUGUUUGGCGUCUCGAGGUUAAUUAUUCUAGGGUUGUCUUAGUACGCUGCGUCCGUCUCUUAAAAACGGUAUAGAACGCAUCUGUUAUCACUAAAUCGUUCUACUGCUCUACUUUCCCUCCAGCGCCAUCGACAAGAACACUUCAAAAACGUCUAAAAUAUAUCCAUUGCCUCAUAUGUAUGUGGUGAAGGAUCUCGUCCCCGAUAUGUCAAAUUUCUACGCUCAGUAUCGGUGGAUUGAGCCCUACCUUAAGAAGAAGGAGUUCAAGGAGGAAAAUGUCGGCGACAAAGCGUUUAUGCAAUCCGUCAAGGAUCGUGAUAAGAUCGAUGGUCUGUACGAGUGCAUUCUGUGUGCGUGCUGUUCGACGUCAUGCCCGUCUUACUGGUGGAACUCGGACAAAUACCUUGGCCCUGCCGUCCUCAUGCAGGCAUACCGGUCAGUUUCCCCAUCCAGUGUACUUUAUGCUAUGCUUAUCUCCUGAAUGCCCAAAAUAAUAAUUCGACCUUAUGUAUGGAGUCCAGUACCUCUAAAACUUGCUUUGGUUUCAGGUGGAUGAUUGACUCUCGCGACGACUACACUUUCGAACGUCUUACCCAGUUGCAAAACAAGUGGUCCGUUUAUCGAUGUCACACGAUCAUGAACUGCACAGAGACGUGUCCUAAGGUAAGUCGUCGGACUGUCAGGCUAUAAUUGCUCUUGGAAUUGUCUUACUUGUUUUGUUUCUAACUACUAUUCUCUUGCUCAUUUUUCGUUUUAAAUUUCAAGGGUCUGAAUCCCGGGAAAGCAAUUGGCGAAAUCAAGAAGAUGCUUAUUCAUUACAACAGUUACAAGAACAAGAAGCCAAUGAAUCAGAUGGUCGCAUAA